CCUUCCCUGAGGAUUCAGGAUGCCCAAGAGCCAGAAGCAGAAGAAAGCCAGAGCCGCCGACUUCACCAAGGCCAAACUCAAACUAGGAAAGGGCAAGCAGGUUGCCAACAAUGCCACGAACACCUCGUACUCUUCCAAGACCAUCGCUCUGCCGAACCAAAGAAUUAGGACCGAGAACACCGCCAUUCCUACAACCAAGUCAAACCUCACCCUCGAUGACCUGAUCGUUCGGCUGAGGCACUACAGUCCCAAUACUCGUAAAGAGGCCUUGCAGGGACUUCGAGAACUUUUGGACGCACACCGUACCAUAUGGCGUCUCAACUUGGGUACUGUCAUCCACAGCUGUGCUUGUCUGAUUAGCGACGAGAACCCGUCGGUACGAAAAGCCUUGAAGAGUUUCUUUUCAUGGUUUAUACCACGGGUAGAGCUGUCACUUCUAAAGCCCUUCUGUUCGAUAAUCAUCUUCUUCGCCUGUUCAGCAUUAUCCCACAUCUUCGCAGACAUCAGGGUCGAUGCAAUCUAUAUCAUCGAUAUCCUCCUCGAGGUCGCCCCCGAUUGCGUCGUUGCUGGCUGGCCUCGGGACACACGGCUCGAUCUUCAACUCAACGGCUCAGAUUCUCAACCCAGAAAUCUUCCUCAACAGCCCGGCCUUCGACUGCUACAACUCUACCUAUCGCUAUUAUCAAUCGGCUCAGAUUCCGCUGCUCCUGGGCUAUCAUCUACUUCUGCCAACCAACUUUCGGGAAAUUCCAAAUUAGCCGUUCUGAAAUCUUUGGCCCGCUUCAUUGACGCUGCAAGUUCACUCGACACCCAAAAAACUAGCAAAAACCAGAUGCCAUUGUGGAUUUUCCGGAGCGCAUUUCGCAAGGAACGUGAUUUCGAGACCUUCCGAGUUUUAUUGACAGAAUCUGAUCCCCCGAGCCAAGACGAGUCUACCAGCAACAGUUAUACCAUCAAUUCAGAACACUACGACUCCACCAAUAGCCACAUGUUCGAACGCUUCAGUGAAGCUUUUCUGGAACCUGAUAGUUUUCAAGAGAACCUUGGUAACUCGUCUGGCGCGGGUGGUGCCGAGUCAAGCGGCUCGUCAAACCAAACCACCCAUAGUCACCCAACCCCCGACAACUCAUUACAAUUAUUGCGGGCGAUGCACCCAGUGAUGUUAUCGAUCUUCCUGGAUACCGCCCCUACGGCGUUCCAAUCCGAGCUUGGCUCCACCUCCCCCGCCAUCACAAGCUCGUCCUCUGGGGCUACAGUUUCACCUAGCUUGGAACUGGUGAAUUGCGUGAUAACCUCCCUGCACCGUCUGUGGCAAGCCAGCAUGGCGGCCGAUUUGGACGUAGAAACCAAGGACAUCAAGUCCCUCGAAACCAUUUUGAUCAAAAUGUCCCCCUAUUUCGUAUUUGGUGGCGACGAUAUCAUCCCACAAGGAACAGAACUGAAACAUAUGUUGCAGAAUUUAAACCUCAUGUAUUGCGAUUUGGUUUCCCUGUUAGCACUAGCCAAGCCGGAUUGUAGCAAUACAGUUGCGAUUCAAUUGAACCGAGUUGGCAACUACAUUACCAGAUUACUGGAGAACAAGGUGAUAAGCAUGAACAGUUCCUCCGGACCCAUGCAACCGGAAGCAUACCGCAGAAUCUUUCCGAUCGUUUGGUCUCUAUUGAAGCACGAUCUGGUUCAACGCGAGAACCCGAAGGCUGACCGGGAUAGUUGGGCAAGUCGGGUGAUCGAAGCGUUCAUCGAUCACUUGAAUGGCCUCAGUCCUAACUCGGAACUCAAGUUUCUUGGGCUCAACUUUCUUGCCAGGUUAUGCAUCUUGGACGAUUUGCCUGGCUGUCAAAUCGCCUCUGAGCUCGACAUUCUCGCCCCCGAAACUCAGGAAAAGUUGCGCCAAUGGAUGAUGGGACUUCCGAAGUUAUUAUGGCAGCUAGGAACCAAGAAUCCGACGACCUCUCAUCUUGUUCUUUCGUUUCUACAUCGAGUCGUCAGUCGACCGAUGAUCUUCUUCGAAGCUUGUCUGCCAGAUCUUGGCCGCUUACUGGUCCCAUUCUUCUCGAUCGACCAUCCCACCUCCGGCCGGACCCUCCCUGGCCCGUACUCGCGUCUGCCCGACUCCUGUAGGAAGCUCUCUGAAGGGAUCUGCUGGUAUCUUCUUAACCAGCCAGCGCUUCUUCUCCAGUCUGCUCCAUUGAGAUCCGCUCUCAGAGUCUCUAAUCCUUCGUUCGAACAAUCCUUGAUUUGCUCAAGUUGAGGAUUUCCUCACUUUCAUCCUUCAUUGGCUUCGAUUCAAUUUUUGUUUAUAAUUUGGAGAUUUGCUUUGUUUUGUAAACGGUAUGCUGUGCUGGAGUAAGACCAUCCCAACUGUUGCUGGGUUUUUCUGGUUUCUGGGGGUCACAUCAGCCCACUGCAUAAUACAGAUUUUG